AUGGGAUCUUCAUCAUCCAAGGUGGCCAAGACAGCUUCUUCGACUGCGAGACGAUAUCCGGCAACCUCUUCGUUGGCCAAGUCUACAAGUGCACCUCCAAUACAGCCGACCUCAUCGGAACCUCUUCCAGGCCCUACUGUCCAUCCGAGACCCUCCGCAUCCACGUCGAGAGACAGAAACGUGGACCUUGAUGCGCGAGACCCCGAUUAUGGCUCCCGUCUUUCCCAGCUUGGGCCUGUUCAGCCUCCUCGAACCCUGUCCAAUUCCUCCACAUUCGCGCCUACACCACAAGUCGUCAAGUCAUCCUCUUCUUCCAGUUCCACCCGUUCGCCUUUUCAAGGCCAGCAAGUCUUUCCUUCGAGCUCUUCAAACCCCGAGCUGCUGAUCGUGCAAGCGCGAGACCAUUUUGCAAAGAUCUUUGAAGAAGAAUCCGAAAGCUUGGGGAGACAAAGCUUCAAAGGCCGGACACUUGUUAGUGCUGCAGAAUUAAAAGCUGUGCUGAGCAUGAGGGAUGAUGGCAGAAAACCACCAGGCGAGAUCGAAAAGCAAUUGAGACUUCGGCCAGGGAUACUCGGAAGGCUAGGCCGACCGGGGCUGGUGGAAAAUGCGUAA